UUAAACUUUCGGGCCGGGGGAGCAGAAAUAAAGCCAUUGUGCCGGGGCGGAGAAAGGGUGCGUGCUUGCAGCGGCUGCGUGCUUGCGGACUUCCCGCCAGCGCCGAGUGGCCGGCUUUUUGGGCCAAGUGGGGAGCGAGCGAGCGGGCGGGCGGGCAGGUGGCCCCGGGCCGCGGCGCCCGCGCCUUGGCUCUGCCCCAGGGAGCCAAGCAAGCCGCUGCUCCCUCGUGGUGUGAGGGCGGUGAUGUUUUUCCUCCCACCCACUUUUGAGUUCCCCCUCCCCCCUCGCGCGCACUCUAGCUCUCGCCACAACCUGCGAGCCCCAGACCUCGGACGAGAGCGCCCCGGGGAGCUCGGAGCGCGUGCACGCGUGGCAGACGGAGGAGGCCAGUGCCCAGGUUAGUGAGCAGUGCCCGGCGCCCGCUUCCCUCACCUUUUCCAGCCUUUGCACAGCUUGAAGGUUCUGUCACCUUUUGCAGUGGCCCAAAUGAGUAAAAAGUGGAAAAUGGGAGGCAUGAAAUACAUCUUUUCCUUGUUGUUCUUUCUUUUCCUAGAAGGAGGCAAAACAGAGCAAGUAAAACAUUCAGAGACAUAUUGCAUGUUUCAAGACAAGAAGUACAGAGUGGGUGAGAGAUGGCAUCCUUACCUGGAACCUUACGGGUUGGUUUACUGCGUGAACUGCAUCUGCUCAGAGAAUGGGAAUGUGCUUUGCAGCCGAGUCAGAUGUCCAAAUGUUCAUUGCCUUUCUCCUGUGCAUAUUCCUCAUCUGUGCUGCCCUCGCUGCCCAGACUCCUUGCCCCCAGUGAACAAUAAGGUGACCAGCAAGUCUUGCGAGUACAAUGGGACAACUUACCAACAUGGAGAGCUGUUCGUGGCUGAAGGGCUCUUUCAGAAUCGGCAACCCAAUCAAUGCACCCAGUGCAGCUGUUCGGAGGGAAAUGUGUAUUGUGGUCUCAAGACUUGCCCCAAAUUAACCUGUGCCUUCCCAGUCUCUGUUCCAGAUUCCUGCUGCCGGGUAUGCAGAGGGGAUGGAGAAUUGUCAUGGGAACAUUCUGAUGGUGAUAUCUUCCGACAGCCUGCCAACAGAGAAGCAAGACAUUCUUACCACCGCUCUCACUAUGAUCCUCCACCAAGCCGACAGGCUGGAGGUCUGUCCCGCUUUCCUGGGGCCAGAAGUCACCGCGGAGCUCUUAUGGAUUCCCAGCAAGCAUCAGGAACCAUUGUGCAAAUUGUCAUCAAUAACAAACACAAGCAUGGACAAGUGUGUGUUUCCAAUGGAAAGACCUAUUCUCAUGGAGAGUCCUGGCACCCAAACCUCCGGGCAUUUGGCAUUGUGGAGUGUGUGCUAUGUACUUGUAAUGUCACCAAGCAAGAGUGUAAGAAAAUCCACUGCCCUAAUCGAUACCCCUGCAAGUAUCCUCAAAAAAUAGAUGGAAAGUGCUGCAAGGUGUGUCCAGGUAAAAAAGCAAAAGAAGAACUUCCAGGCCAAAGCUUUGACAACAAAGGCUACUUCUGUGGGGAAGAAACAAUGCCUGUGUAUGAGUCUGUGUUCAUGGAGGAUGGGGAGACAACCAGAAAAAUAGCACUUGAGACUGAGAGACCACCUCAGGUAGAGGUCCACGUUUGGACUAUUCGAAAGGGCAUUCUCCAGCACUUCCAUAUUGAGAAGAUCUCCAAGAGGAUGUUUGAGGAGCUUCCUCACUUCAAGCUGGUGACCAGAACAACCCUGAGCCAGUGGAAGAUCUUCACCGAAGGAGAAGCUCAGAUCAGCCAGAUGUGUUCAAGUCGUGUGUGCAGAACAGAGCUUGAAGAUUUGGUCAAGGUUUUGUACCUGGAGAGAUCUGAAAAGGGCCACUGUUAGGCAAGAAAGACAGUAUUGGAUAGGGUAAAGCAAGAAAACUCAAGCUGCAGCUGGACUGCAGGCUUAUUUUGCUUAAGUCAACAGUGCCCUAAAACUCCAAACUCAAAUGCAGUCAAUUAUUCACGCCAUGCACAGCAUAAUUUGCGCCUUUAUGUGGAGUGGUGUGUCAGCCAUUGAACAUCUCCUCCAAAGAGACUAGAAGAGUCUUAAAUUAUGUGUGGGAGGAGGAGGGAUAGAACACCACAACACUGCUCUAGUUUCUUGGAGAAUCACAUUUCUUUACAGGUUAAAGACAAACAAGACCCCAGGGUUUUUAUCUAGAAAGUUAUUCAAGCGAAAGAAAGAGAAGGGAAUUGCUUAGUAGGAGUUCUGCAGUAUAGAACAAUUAUUUGUAUGAAAUUAUACCUUUGAAUUUUAGAAUGUCAUGUGUUCUUUUAAAAAAAAUUAGCUCCUCAUCCUCCCUCCUCCCUCCCUCCCUCCCUUCUUCUCUCUCUCUCUCUCUCUCACACACACACACACACACACACACACACACACACACACACGUCCAUACUCACAUUAAACUAAAGCUUUAUUUGGCAAAGCUGGCCGAGACUCUAUGUUACUUUUCCCUUGACUGGAUCCCAAGUAGCUUGGAGGUUUUGGUGCCCAGGAGAGUAAAUAAUUGUGAACAAAAGGCUCUGCCCUUAGGUCUUUGUGGCUAUUUAAGUCACCAACUAUAGAGGCAGGGUGAAGAAUAAGAACACUAUUUCAUGGCCUCAUUCACUCACUUAGAAAUGGUAAAUAAUUUUUCCCUAAUGAUACCACUUUUCUUUUCCCCCUGUACCUAUGGGGCUUCCAGAAAGAAGUUAAAUUGAGUAAAAUGAUCAGAAACUGAAUCCAUGUAAGACAAAAUAAUUGUUGAAGAAAGAAGCUGAUAGAAGUCAAAAAGGCCAUCUUUUUGCUUUCACAUCAGUAAAAUUUACCAAGUAAUAGAUCAGUACUCACUAAUAUUUUUGAGACCAUAGUUGUCUGGCCAGAAAAAUUUUAUUAAAUUACUAAAUUCUAGAAGCUCUUUAAAAGGGAAGUUUUCCUUCUUCUCCAAUUACAGGAGUUGAUUUUUACUUUGCAAAGUGGCUUGUUCCUCAUGAGUAUCUGCAUGUUGGCUCUUCAGUUAAGAAAAUUAUUGAUCAUUUAGGGAGCUGGAUGUUCUGAUAUUUUUAUCCUAAACCUUCCUACUAUCCUUGCCUUAUUCAUCAAGCAGGUAUUUUAGCUGAGAAUUCUAGAGAAGGCUUCUCCUAAAAUGUCUACUUGCAGCCCAAUACCAGAGCAUAAAUUAUCCAUUCUGUGGUCUGGCUUUAGAAAUCAUCUUUGUGGGAAGACUUAAUUCUUCACAGCAAGGCUCUCAGGCAUGCCUUCUAGAUUUGUUCCCUCUGAGGGGCAGGAAUGAACUGUAGAAAUGUUUUAAGGACCCAGAAACCCCAUAUGUCUCAUUCCAUGACUAUAGGUGAGAGAAUUUUUCCUAAGAGGAUUUGACACCAAUAGGGGAAAAUGUAAAAUGUUCAGUCUUUAUGACAACCUGGCAUAAAGGAGUCAAUUUUUAUAAAAGAAACACAAGGGCCUUAUGGCCAGGGCUUCUGGGGACAAGACUCUCACCAGUUCAUCACACACGUUCUCCUCGGAAGAGAGAAGCAGGACAUCCCUGUUGAAAGGUCACAAAGCAUUUGUGUGUGUGUGUGUGUGUGUGUGUGUGUGUGUGUGUGUGUGUGUGUGUGUGGUAAAGGGGGGAGGGUGUUAUGCAGCUGCUCCCUACAUCCCAGAGGUGGCAGUGUUUCCAUAAUGUGGAGACUAGUAACUAGAUCCUGAGGCAAAGAGGUGUUUCUCCUUCUGGAUGAUUCAUCCCAAAGCCUUCCCACCCAGGUGUUCUCUGACAGCUUAGCCUUAAGAGAACAUGCAGAGAGUUUCCCUAGAUAUACUCCUGCCUCCAGGUGCUGGGACACACCUUGCAAAGUGCUGUGGGAAGCAGGAGCUGGGGAGCUGUGUUAAGUCAAAGUAGAAACCCUCCAGUGUUUGGUGUUGUGUAGAGAAUAGGACAUAGGGAAAAGAGGCCAAGCUGCCAGUAGUUAGUAGAGAAGAAUGGAUGUGGUUCUUCUUGUGUAUUUAUUUGUAUCAUAAACACUUGGAAAAACAAAGACCAUAAGCAUCAUUUAGCAGUUGUAGCCAUUUUCUAGUUAACUCAUGUAAACAAGAGUAACAUAACAGUAUUACCCUUUCACUGUUCUCACAGGACAUGUACCUAAUUAUGGUACUUAUUUAUCUAGUCACUGUAUUUCUGGAUUUUUAAAUUAAUAAACAAGUUAAUUUUGAAAAAUCA